CCUACUUCUGCCGGGGAUUUCUACCAGAAGCAGCUCCGGUCUUCUGUUCUCUCCCCUGUUUCCUUCAUUACUUCAGCUGCUGGUAGACCUAGAAAAGUAGGAAAAGUUUCUCUCUUUGUGUUCUCCUGCACUGGAUCAGUCUACUACUGUGGUAGCGCUGUGGAACAAGCUACUGCGAUCUUGUGGUGUAAAGGACAUAUUCCCAAGUUCGUGUUCGUGCUGACAGGGAGCAGCAGGGACCCCAGUCAGCCUCAGGUGGGAGCAGCAGAGCGAUGGCACAGGGACACCUCCAUCCUCGACUCCCUCCUCCCCCCUCCGGACCUAGAUUCUAGCGAAGCCCCUGCUCUGGAAGCACCCCUCGACACAGGUAGGGAUGAGGUCCCGAAACCAAGGUGGAGAAAGCUCGUCUAACGGGCACUUCUCCAGUUCCAAGCCUGUCAUCAGCCAUGCAGAGAAUGAAAAACUUCAGGAGGAUGCCAAGAAAAAGAACAAACCUCAUCGGAAGGAAGAUGAGGUCAUGGUUUCAGCAACUGUCAAACGGCACUCAAAAUCACCUGGACCUACUGAACGAAAGAACAAGAAGUCCAUAGAGCUUUCUAAAGAGGACUUGAUAAAACUCCUCAGUAUAAUGGAAGGAGAACUGCAGGCAAGGGAGGAUGUGAUCCACAUGCUGAAGACAGAGAAAACCAAACCUGAAGCUUUAGAAGCUCAUUAUGGGUCUGCAGCUCCAGAGAACGUGCUCCGAGUGCUACACAGGGAUGCCAUCCUUGCCCAAGAAAAGUCUAUAGGGGAAGACGUCUAUGAAAAACCAAUUUCAGAGCUGGACAGACUUGAAGAAAAGCAGAAAGAGACGUAUCGGCGCAUGCUGGAACAGCUCCUGUUGGCAGAAAAGUGCCAUCGCCGCACGGUUUAUGAGCUAGAAAAUGAGAAACAUAAACAUACAGAUUACAUGAACAAGAGCGAUGACUUUACCAACCUCUUGGAACAGGAGCGGGAGAGGUGAGUACCUGAGAUGGUGCAAAGA